CUGGGCCCUAUCUUGAACAUCGACCUUCAACGUGUCAGCACUCGAGUAUCAUGGCUCUUCAACCAUCCCUUCGACCUACUAUUAUUGCGGGCGCUCACGACGCCCCGCAUACCCUUGAUAUCUUCCUGGACUACGUUUGUCCAUUCAGCGCAAAGUUAUCGUUUGCAAUCGACAACGUUUUGAAGCCUCUGGUCGACGUGGGAGGUUUAUAUUAUGGCAAAGUGAAAGUCAUCAUGAGGCUCCAAGUCCAACCCUGGCAUGCAACUUCAACCUACACUCAUGAAGCUGGACUUGCUGUCGUGCGUGCCGCUCCAGAGCAAUUCUGGACAUUCUCUCUUGCACUUUUCAAGCAACAGGGUGACUUCUUCGAUGGUCCCUCAUCCAUCAUGACUCCCCUGCAAAUUCGCGAGAAAUUGGCCAGCAUCGCUGCCCAAGUAAUCACAGAGGAACAGUUGGUGAUGUUUAAAGAUCUUCUGAAGUUGAAGCCUUCUCCGAAUGGCGGAAUUGGCGUUACAGAUGAUCUUAAAUAUACUAUCAAGUUCGCCAGGCAGAAUGGCGUACAUGUUUCUCCCACUGUCCUUUGGGACGGAUUGAUUGCCAAUCAAAUCUCUAGCUCUUGGGGAGAAAAGGAGUGGUCCGAAUUUCUUGCGAAGAACGUUGUUGUCUAGGUGUGAGGGAUCGCAUUCUUUGGGCUAUACUACCAAGAAGUUUGAUACGAAUUAAAUAACUGUGCUCCGCUGAUUACUACGAGCUAAGACCUUCUGUAACUGUGGGAAAUUUGUUGCAUUGUACAUCAUUGUGGAUCU